AUGCAGGCGCCUGCCGCCGCCCCAAGCGGCGGCAAGCCCUCUGCACCGGCAGGCUCAUUCAAGGUGCAAUGCGUGGGGCUGGUCAAGACGGAUCCCACCGCCGGCAGUGCCAACCCUGUGCUCAACGUGCUUCGCGGCAUGUGCUCGCGCUACGAGACAUUUGAGCGCGUCGAGUACGGCUUCACCGCGCCGCUGCAGAGCGGCACCAGCUCGGUCACGCUGCGGCUGUUCAGGCACAAGCCGCCCAAGGUCAACAGCAGCAACCCGUUCGCGCCGCCGCCGCCCGCCAUGUGGACGUUAGUGCACGAGAGCACGCCCAUGCGCGGCCCCGUCUACGCCACACUGCCCGCCACGGUGCGCGAGGUCGCGGAGAGCAAUCUGUACACGUACGACGGCCUCGCGUUUGUGGAGGCGAUGGGGGCGCGCGUGGAGUACGCGGUGCAGAAGAACGGCAACUACUACAUCUGCCACCACCAGGGCCUGGAGAUACAGGUUGAGCGGGUUGGGGGGCCGGGGCCCGAGGUUGUGGUGUACAGCGUGGCGGCCCUGGCGCGUGGCCGCCAGGUCACCAACCUGACCGGCAAGCACUGGAUGCUGGAGGCCACGGCCGACGCGGCGGCCGAGCGGCAGGUAGAGGUGGCGCGACUGAUGGGCUCCUUUGCAGAGCGGCUGCUGCCGCAUGUUGAGCUGAAGAAGCCCAUGUGA